AUGACAUUUGAAUUUAAUAAUGCUGAACCUAUCUCUAUUUCUGAAGAUGACAAAGAUAUAGAAGAAGGUGAUAAUGAAAUAAAUAUAUUGAAAUUUAAAUUACUAGUUAAAGAAAAAGAUAAUGAAGUAUUUCCU